UUCUUUUUCUUUCUUUAUAAUAAACUAGUUUUCUUUAUGAGCCAAUUGUUGACAAAUACUAUUGAACCUUUACUGUUAAAGAUUGAGAGUUGGAUCAUUGCCAUAGCUGCAGAUGUUCCCUUGGAAACAGAUUGGGCACAAUCGUCUUAUGGAUCUUGGUAUAAUAAUCCUCGACAACAUGGAUUAGAAUUAUUCUUUCUAGCAACAAUUUAUGCAACAGCAACAAUCAUCUUCUUUCGUCGUUUGCUACGACCAGGAAGCAGACAUUAUAAGCUGAUUACAGAAUUUGAACCACCUCAAAAAGCAUCCAUAACUGAAAAAGGAAUGACGUUGGCAUUAGCGUCAUCACUAACAUUAACCCUCAUUCACAAAAUCAUUCGUAAUCGAGUAUGGUUUAUGCUACAACCUUGUCAUAUGAGUGGAUUUUUGCUUGUACUUUCACUUUUAUACCCAAACAAGCGAUCGCCACUUCCUCACAUUCUCUUUAAUAUUUAUCUUCAUCUUCAGUGGGGUGCAUUGGCUGCACUUGCAUUUCCAGAUCUAAGGGAACAUUACCUGAUUGGAGAGACAUUUAACUUCUUUGCAGAACAUGCACUCUUGUUGAUUGUUCCUAUUUAUAUGAUCUAUAGUCGCCGAUAUGUUGUAUUACCUAAAUCAAAGGAGAUCUUGUGCUUGUCAUUCUUCACUUACUGUUUCUUCCAUACACCUGUUCUUCAUGCGCUCUCCUUAACCUCUGGAUUUAAUCUCAACUACAUGUGGACACCUCCUCCAAUUAAAAUCCUGUUGGACCUUGGACCUUCCUAUCGUAUUGUCAUGUAUGGUGUUGCCUUCAUCUUCAAGUUUAUCACCCGAUUCAUUUGUGUAGAGACACUAUUGACAGUCAUGCCCCGUAAACGUCUGGAAGGACAAAAGAUGCAUUAUAAAAAAUCAAGAAAGGUCGACUAAAUAUCACGCAAUGUGCCAAUAAAACGAUUCUAGAAUCAGUUAAAAAAAUCACGCAUUAUUGCGCAUACACACGUUUGCCCCUUUUUUUUCAUAGUCGCACAUCCACAACGUGGAUCUGAGUUUUAUAUAGGAGGACCUGCUGCUUAAGACAAAGGACAUUGGUCAAGUUGUUCUAUUUUAUCGUACGAACACACUGAUUUAUUGAGGAUCAGCCUUGUUGUACACAUCACAGCGUCACAUAGUUUCUUUAUAUCCUUAGGCUCUUGUUACACAUCAUGCAAUCAUUUUUCUGUCACUCAUGAAAUUGCUC